AUGGUUAAAGACAAAAGGAACAAAAAAGUACCGAUCGAUAUAGCCUUUCCAAAUAACAACACUUUGGAAGAAACAUACCGGGAUAAAAUAAACAAAUACAUCGAUAUGUGCUUUGAGGUGAAAGAUAUGUGGAAGUAUGAACGAGCUCGAGCAAUUCCAAUUAUAUCUAUUACCGGAUUAGUCCCAAAAUCUUUAUUUAAAUCACUCAAGGAAUUAAAUCUUAACCCUCAAAACUUCCAACACAUGCAGGAAUUUGUCACGGCGAUUCCUGUACAUGUGAAAGCAGAACUAUUGCACCUCAACAGAAAGCGUUACAUCUGUGGCUGA